AUGGAUAUGUCAGGAACCUCGGAUCCAUAUGUCAAGGUCUACCUAAUGCCAGAAAAGAAAAAAUUCGAGACCAAAGUUCACCGCAAAACUUUGAACCCCGUCUUUAACGAAACCUUCCUUUUCAAGGUUCCAUAUGCAGAAGUUGCUGGAAAGACUCUGAGAUUCAAUGUCUUCGAUUUCGAUCGAUUUUCAAAGCACGAUCAAAUAGGUCAGAUCCAUGUUCCUCUUGGAUCUGUUGAUCUGGCUCGUGUUAUCGAAGAAUGGCGAGAUCUUUUACCUCCAGAUGACGAUGAGAAGGAAAAUAAACUCGGAGAUAUUUGUUUCUCGUUACGAUAUGUCCCAACUGCUGGUAAACUGACUGUUAACAUUUUGGAAGCAAAGAACUUGAAGAAAAUGGAUGUCGGUGGUCUAUCUGAUCCCUAUGUGAAACUCUCUCUUAUGCUCGGAGGUAAACGUAUCAAGAAAAAGAAAACAACUAUUAAGAAAUGCACAUUGAAUCCGUACUACAAUGAAUCAUUUGCAUUCGAAAUUCCGUUCGAACACAUUCAGAAAGUCACACUAAUCGUAACGGUAGUUGACUACGAUCGAAUCGGAACCUCGGAGGCUAUUGGGCGCGUAGUUUUGGGUUGCAGCGCCCAAGGUGCGGGUCUACGUCAUUGGUCCGAUAUGUUAGCCAAUCCUCGUCGACCAAUUGCCCAGUGGCAUACGCUGCAAGAAAUGCCAGAGAAGGGCUAG